AAAAAAAAAAAAAAAAAAAAAAAAAAAAAAAAAAAAAAAGAGAGAAGAAGAAUUCUCGCGACGAUCUGAAUCCGCGAGUACCUGAGAUAAGCACGGUCGGAGGACGUCGGGACAUCGCUCCCUCUCUCCUUCUUGAUCGUUCCGUGGUCGCAGGAUGGCAUCGUCCACGGUGGCCGUUCCGUCCGGGGCCGCCACGGUAUCACCGACCACGAACGGCGGCAUCGCCACCGCGGCUGGCACCGAGGAGAUCGACGGUGGCGAUAUAUUCGGCGAGCGUAACUCCGUCAACUCCGUCGGCGGCUACAACAGUGGCAACCCCGGCGAUGCCCUGGAGGAGAUAACGUGCGGUAACGGCGAGGCCAACGAUCAGGGUUGCGCCGUAUGUAUGAGCAAGCUGUGCUCGCCCAGGGUUCUCUCCUGCCUCCACGUGUUCUGCGAAACUUGUUUGGACAAGCUUCUCAUGGACGAGGCCGGGGAUUCCAAAGUGGGCUCGAUCAUAAACUGUCCCGUAUGCCAUCAAGAGACUUCCGUUAGUUCUAAGGGCGCCGCGUCGCUCACAUGCGACUAUGUUCUUACCAAUAUAUUGGACAUGUCCGCUAUCGAGAACAUGGCAGUACUAUGUACCUCCUGCAAGGCCAAAGAGAGCGCCGUGGCGCGUUGUUCGGAUUGCGCCAAUUUCCUGUGUCCAAAUUGCAACACGGCGCAUCAGUUUAUGCGUUGCUUCGAGCACCAUAAAGUAGUUGCCUUUGAAGACUUGAAGCAAUCCAACGAAGCUAUUCCGAUACAUAAACCAAUAUUUUGCGAAUGCCAUCCCGCUGAAAAUAUGAAGUUCUAUUGUCAUACAUGCCAGGAACCUAUUUGCAAUGAAUGUCUGCUUGUGGAGCACAAAGCACCAGAGCAUCAAUAUGAACGACUGACAGAUGUAGAACCACGACAAAAGGAAGAGUUAGUCAGUUUGAUGACUGAGAGUAAAGCAAAAAUCGUUGAAUGCGAUCAGGUUUCAGUACAAUUGGAGAAUGCCCUCAGCGAGCUGCAAAUACAACAUGACCAAGCAAAAGAUUUAAUUAUAGAGACUUUUCAAAGUUAUAAGGCUAUAUUGGAGAAAUGUAAAGAUAAUGCAUUAACCGACCUCGAGAAAUUGCAUUCGGACAGAGAACUUGAAAUCAUGGAUACUUUUCACAGUGUUGAAAAGACAGUAGAAAAAAUAGAGGAUGCUUGUCGUUUUACUUCAAGACUCCUAGAACAUGGUGAUGCAGUGGAGAUUUUGGCCCUUCGUCGUAUUGUAAGAGCUCAAUUGAUGAAUUUAAUUAAAAAUACACCAAAACACAAUGUAACAUUCUCUAUCGAAUUUCAAACGGAUUAUAAUCAAUUUGAGAAUACUGUAAAGGAGGUAUUUGGAAAAUUUCAUACUGAAAGCACACCGGAAGUGAAAACUCUUCCUGAGCCAAUUUCAACGGUAUCAGGAGUCUCUACAAAUCAGCAAAUGGUUCAUACCACUUCAAUGGGUUGUCCAAGUUCUAUCAGCACAAGCUCUCCUAUUUCACUUCCCACAUCAAUGCAAUCCUCUUUUGAAGGUGAACCCUCAUUUGUUAUACCACCAACUUCGAGUCCUCAAAAUAUUCCGCCACCUCCACCACCCGUACCUCUUCCACCAGGUACAGUUCCUAUCCAUGGACUGACUAGUAUCCAAGAAUACAACCUACAACAACUGGCCAGUUUAGCGGAGAAGGUAGAGAUGGUGGGUGACACUGGUGUAGUUGGAUCUAGCUCAAACCCUAGUCCAACUCCGUCCUUUUCUUUGGCAGACUUAUUUACUGGGGACCUAAGUUCAACGAGCCAUGCCAUCAAUAAUUUACAAGCUCUUGCAAAAUUAGGAAAUACUCUUGGUAAUCAAGAUCUUGGAAAUGCUACUAUUAAUGGUGGUGGUGGAUUAGUAUUGGGACGUGGACCUUCGCCAGCCAUUGUAGACACUCCAAAUCUGGGUCCUUUGGCUGCCAAUAGUUUAUUAAAUGGAGGAUUUCAACCAUUGUCCUCUUCUACUUCGCCGAUACUUUCACAGGGUGCUGAUGACUUAAUAGGUGAUUCUAUACAUAACAUGCCUGUAGUAGUAGGAAAUACCGUUGCCAAUGUAACUGGAUCAGGGACAGGGAAUUACCCUGCUCACCCGAGAUCUCAAAAUACCAAACUGACGCCUAUGCAUAUCCGAAGCAAGUUUGGACAAUUAGGACCCAGUAAAGGGCAGUUUAAUUCGCCUCAUGGAUUUUGUCUAGGAACUGAUGAAGAUAUUAUUGUUGCAGAUACAAAUAAUCAUAGGAUUCAGAUUUUUGAUAAGACUGGUACCUUCAAAUUUCAAUUUGGUGUUCCUGGUAAAGAGGAAGGACAAUUGUGGUAUCCCAGGAAAGUAGCUGUUAUGAGAAAUAACGGCAAAUUUGUUGUAUGUGAUCGUGGAAAUGAACGAUCUCGGAUGCAAAUAUUUACAAAGAACGGUCACUUUAUUAAGAAGAUCGCUAUUCGUUACAUCGAUAUCGUAGCUGGCCUAGCUGUUACCAGCCAAGGACAUAUUGUGGCUGUUGACAGUGUGUCGCCAACUGUGUUCGUAAUUAGUGAUACAGGAGAUCUUUUGAGAUGGUUCGAUUGCAGUGACUAUAUGAGAGAACCAAGUGAUAUCGCUAUCAGUGGCAAAGAAUAUUUUGUUUGCGACUUCAAGGGACAUUGUGUCGUGGUAUUUAAUGAAGAGGGUAAAUUCCUGCGUCGCAUUGGCUGUGAGAAUGUAACAAACUUCCCGAACGGGAUUGAUAUUAGCGAUGCAGGAGAUGUAUUAAUUGGAGAUUCACAUGGUAAUCGUUUUCAUGUAGCUGUUUUCUCCAGAGCUGGCUCUUUAAUUUCAGAAUUUGAAUGUCCAUAUGUAAAGGUUAGAGCACACUAUAUAUUUUAUUGA